AUGCAGUUCAUCACCGUUGCCUCCGCUCUCUUCGCUGCCGCCGUUGCAGCUCCCGCUCCUCAAACCACCGAUUGCCCCAACCCAGCCCACUGCGGCCCGGCUGACACCAACCAAUACGAGAACAUCAACAUCGCUGAGUACAGCCUUCGCAAGAACGACGGCAUCCAGUCCGUCUACUUCAAGCUCUCGGGCGACAACGCCACCGACCUCACUUGCCAGAGCGGCCCCAUCCCCACCCUUCCCUCAGACAACGUCGACUGCGGCGAGGGCACCGACUACCGCUUCGUUGUCAUCAAGGACCCCAACGGUGGAUCUGAGCCCGGCCUCGCUAUCAACCACCAGACUGCGCCAUUCUUCGGCAAGACUGGAACCGGUAGCGUCCCCACCUACUGCCAUGCUGGCGGCAACGGACCCAACGACUUCGUCUGCUCCCAGGUCGGCGCUGUCACUAUUGUCAUCAAAUAG